CCCUGGGGAAGCUAAUGCCAGCAGGUGGUCAUGUUUCACUACCCCUUAUUUCUUCAUUAUACCAAAGUAUUUAAUCACGCAGGUCCUAACUUUAUUCACAUUCUAUUGUAAUAAUCGUUAAUUAUUAUUUUUAUCGAUGAUGAUAAUAAUGGUGGUGGUGAUGAUGAAUGACGAACAUUAUGGUAAUGAUGAACACAGAAACACAGCCCAUCCCUCAACCUAACAUGCUUUGGAUUUGGGGCAUUGGUGGGCUGAGGGGGGACAGAGUUGGACGAAACCAUCCGUCUCCUUUUCCCACGGUUCAUUCCCUCGCGACCAUCUACGUUCGUUGUGGAGAACAUCUCGUGCCACGCACGCACACCUUGUCUGCUGGAGACGCGAUUCGUCCCUUCGACGGGAAGAUGGAGAAAUGGCAAGCACAGUUCUCCAAAUUUAGAGAGACAGAAAUCAAGAAACGCUGUCAUUUAUGGUGCAAAUAGAGCUUUUCCGUCGAUAGGAACUUAUUUUAGCUAAAAGUCUGCUCUGAUUGGCUGAAGCAACAUGGAUGUAUCUGGGGGCCUGCAGCAACAUGGAGGCUCUAAGAAGAGGGUUAAGAUCCACCCCAGUGCCGUCACCGUGAAGUACGCCACCCACUUCCCCCAGCCUGGAGACGAGGGCUAUGAUGACGCUCCCUCCUUUGAGGACUUUGGGUCCUUCGCCGAGGCCAGCCCGGCCAAGAGAGUCAUUCCGGACGGCACCAGGAGGACUUUCUUUGGUACCAUAGAGACUCCCAGACCGCCGGGAGGGAAGGGAAUCACAGGGGGGGAGGUGCCAAACAGGGACAAGGGGGUGGGCGGGCAGCUCGCGAGCUUCGGCGAAGCCAAUGUCCUGGCAUCCCGUGUCACCUGGCUGGCGCUGUUUGGAGCGGCGGUGGCCCACGGCUGCGUGGCUCUGGUGACACGGCUGGCGGCCGACCGCUCCAAAGUGCCGUCUCUGGAGCUGAUCUUCAUCCGGUCCGUCAUCCAGGUCCUGUCCAUCGUGGUGGUGUUCUACAACCAGGAGGCGCCCUUCGGCCCCAAGGGCUACCGCCUGCGCCUCUUCGUCUACGGCGUCUGCAACGUCAUCUCCAUCACCUGCGCCUACACCGCCUUCGCCAUCGUGCCACCCAGCAACGGCACCAUCAUGUGGCGCGCAACCACCACGGUGUUCAGCGGCGUCAUGGCCUUCCUGCUGCUGGACGAGCGGCUGGCGUACGCCGAUGUGGUCACCGUGGUGGGCUCUGUCUUCGGCCUCUGCCUGGUCAUGAUCCCCAACGUGGCAGACGAGGAGAAGUCCCGGCUGACCUUCUGGAAGGAGGCGUUCGGUUACACCAUGACGGUGAUGGCCGGCCUCACCGCGGCCUUGUCCAUGAUCGUGUACCGGGCCAUCAAGGAGCGUGUCAGCAUGUGGACGGCCCUGUUCACCUUCGGUUGGACCGGCACGGUGUGGGGGGCCUCCACUAUGUUCGUCAUGCAGGAGCCCAUCAUCCCCCUGGACGGGGAGACGUGGGGCUACCUGGCGGCCAUCUGUGUCUGCUCCACCGUGGCCUUCCUGGGAGUCUACUACGCCCUGAACAGGUUCCACCCGGCGCUGGUGAGCACCGUGCAGCACCUGGAGAUAGUGGUGGCCAUGUUCCUCCAGCUGAUUGUGCUGCACAUGGUGCCGUCGGUCUACGAUGUGGUCGGAGGGCUCGUCAUCAUGGCCAGCGUGUUCACCCUGACCGGACUGAAGCUCUACCGGGUCAGCCGGGCCAUACGGCAGGACUACCAGGAGAUUCUGGACUCGCCCAUCAAAUAGAGCCUUGGCUUGUAUUCAGAGAGUCGAUCCAGGAUUCGGUUUUUCCUUGUUGAAAGUCACUAAUGGUCAGGGGGGAACUGGUCCGAGGUCAGCACUCCUACCAGAGGUCACUAAGAACACGGGCUCAGUGGUGGCUCGGGUCGGUUCUCUCUCUAACACUCUAUGUGAUUACAGAUGUUGCCUGGUUACACGUGCAAUUUGAGGAAUGUCUGUUGGAAUCUACACCUAUUUAUUUUGUAUUGUGGUUGUUGUUGACUUGGGGGACUGCCAGUAAUGUGAUGUCUUUGCUAAAGUUAUAUUUGUCUGUGAAAUAAAGAAAAAAAAGAUGCUCCAUGAUUAAA